AUGGAUGCAAGGUCUUCCCAAGGUAUGGCAAAGCCGAUUUCCCUGCCUAUGGUCGAUCUUUCGGACCCGGACGUCGAAACCGCGGGCAAAGCUUUAAUUAAAGCCGCGGUCACAUACGGUUUUCUGUACAUCGAUAGCCGGACCACUGGUUUUACCAAAGAUCAUGUCAACCAAGCAUUUGACACGUCAAAAGAGUUUUUUGCGCAACCAAACGCGGCGAAAGAACCCUUCCGGAGGGGACCAGAUAAUCGAGGCUGGGUUGGCAUGCACGUCGAAACAUUGGAUCCCGAACAUCACCAGCUGGGAGAUUUCAAGGAAGCGCUCAAUAUCGGGGAGCUCAAAGAUGGAAAAUUCCAGCAGCCUUUGCCAGCGACUAUUAUCUCUCGGGAGAAGGAAAUCGCCAGGUUCACGGAUUUAUGUAACGACACCUGCGCCAGGAUUCUCGCUUUACUAGCACAUGGACUGGAGAUUUCUUCGGACUUCUUCACUUCUCGACAUGACCCCUCUGGAGGCUCAACGGGAAACUCGCUUCGCCUUCUCUACUACCCACCGAGGUUGCCGUCGUUCAGGCCCGAGAAAGAUAUCCGGGCUGGCGCUCAUUCCGACUAUGGCAGUAUAACCCUGCUAUUUCAGUGCCCCGGGCAGCCCGGCCUGGAAAUCCUCACGCCGGACGAAAAGUGGGCACCGGUGCCAGUAUAUCCCGAUGACUCUGUCAAAUACCCAUUUCCACCGAUUUUAGUCAACAUGGGCGACAUGUUGAGCUACUGGACUGAUGGGUUGCUUAAAUCGACUAUCCACCGUGUUGUGUUCCCUGACGACGCCCAGUCUGACUCGAGAUCGAAAGGUCAAGAUCGCUACAGCAUAGCUUUUUUCUGUCAGCCCGUCAGUAGUACGGAACUCAUUCCCGUGCCGAGUAAAAUUGUCGCCGCCUACCGUCAACAGAAAGCGCGCGAUGGGUCCGAUGGUUCUAUCGUAGGGUACGGUGGCGGUGCGGGUCGGCUGAAUUCGGACGAAUCUCGUAUGACGGCGGGCGAGCAUCUACAAGCGAGACUAAACGCAACUUUCUCAAAGGGAUUCUGA